AUGGUAGAGGUCAUGGAGGGAUCCAGUGUCUUCUGGUACCCUCACCAACGGGCCUACUGUUCUGCGUUCAAGUCCUGGUCCGGAUAUGUCAACGCUGCUGUUGACAUAUUCUUCACCAAAGAAACACUUGCAAUUUCAAGUGCAAGGGGAAGUGACAGAAAAGGCAAAAGCGGUGAUGCAAACAUUCCGUUGACCCCCCUCAUCAUUGAUGCCCUUGUUGGUAAAGUCUGUUCAAAGUUUUCAAAGGACUCUCCUCAACCGAGCCAAAUCAUACAGAAGAUAAACAUGAAAUGUGUGGAAGCUAGAAGGCCCCCAAGAGUAAGAGAGCAACGAGCAGAAUGA